AUGAACUUAAAUCACCCCGCCGGCCCGCCACACCCACCCACCCCGUCUGCCCAGGGCUGGGGCGCGACCACGGGCUACCAGGACCAGUGGACCUGGGACCAGGCGUCAGAGACGUACGCCCUCGACCCCGAGAUGUCCGCCAAGCUGCGCGCCGCCAACCCCCAGGCCUACGCCAAUGUUCUGCGUCGCUGCCUGGAGGCCGCGGGGCGCGGGAUCUGGCGGCCGGACGAGAGCGUGGUGCAGCAGCUGAGGCAGCGGUUUGCGGAGAUGGAUGACGAGUUGGAGGGGGUGGCGGGGCCGAGGUAG